AUGGAAGGCGAGGCGGGCACGCUGGUCGGGGGGGCGGGCCCCAAGUACAUCGUGGAGCACCUGGAUGAGCUAGAGGAAUGGAGCAUUCUCGAGUACAUACACAUAUGCGAAACGGUAAAGGACAAAAAUGUCAUAUUUACCAAAUUUGACAGACCUUUUGGCGAAGUAUCCAAGGAACACAACCCGACGUGUUACAAACAGCCAAUCAGUGAGUUGAAGGAAAAAUUCGAGUGGAAAAAAAUAUGUCUAUUAGAUAUGAAAGCCAAGGACAUCUUAACGUGUAACGAUAGGGAGCACUUGGAUUACUUGCUCUUUGGAGGGAUACUCGGUAAUGUUCCAUCUGAUGACAGGACCUCUAUUCUGCGAAAAUGCCAAUUCGUCAUUUCGAGAAAUCUCGGGGACAUGCAGAUGACCACAAAUACUGCCGUCCUCGUUUGCCAUAUCAUUUUGGAAAAUCAAGUACAGUUUAAGGACAUCCCUUUUGUGGACAAUCCAGAAAUCCCCUUACGAAAUGAGAAAGAGUCGAUGAUUCUUCCUUUUCGUUUUGUCUCCAAGUCUUUUUUUACUGGCCUGGACGAGGACAGGUAUGUUCCCGUGCUGCCUCGUAAUUUUACUGAAUAUUUGAUUGGCCUCGGGGAUCAUCGUGUGGGGGACCUGGACGACUUCCUCUCGGGG